ACUCAUGUAAUUCAGCGCGAUAUGUUGGUAGCUAAAAAGAUGUUUUGAUAUGCGAACGGGUCGUUCUGCGAAAAAUGAAAAGCGAAGAAAGGAUGAGUCUUGUUCAGAGAGGAUGAGUCUUGUUCAGAGAGGAUGACUUGCAUCUUAGAUGAUGAUGAAGCGGACAUUGAAGCUGAAAUUCAGCGAGAACUCGACGCUCUUGCAGAUGACAGUUUGCAUAUAGAAAAUGUUGAGGAUGAGACGCCAACUACAAAAUCAGACGAGUCUCAAGGUGAGAACUUACCACACACCAUCCAGAAAUAUCUGCAACUUCUUCAAUCACGAACAGAGAAUGCUGAAGAGGAAGUGAAGGAAUGUGGGAUAAUCUUGGAAAAAUUACCCCCUGGGAUAUCAGUGAAAGAAGAUGAAGCUUUGCUCUCACAGAAAAUAAAGGAAGAACUUGGAGAUGAUUAUACUGAAAAUCCUCUUGUUAUUAGAGAUAGGGUUUUGUCAGAACUUGAACAGAUAGAGCUAAAAGAGGAAAGGGAAAAAUCAAUAGGAGAUAAUAAGAAUGAAGAAGAUAAUCAGUUUGCCUUGGAUAUUGUUAGACCAGCCAUCAUCGAAGAAAUUCAAGCCCUUGAGGAAAAUGCUAAACUAAAGUUAAGGGAUUUAGAAGAGAAGCAAGCCAAGAAAGAUCGGCAGAGAGAGUUAUGGUAUGAAGAAAGAAGGCAACAAAAUGAAGCGAGACAUGAAAGAGAGCAAGAAGCUCGUCAUGAGAGACAAGUGCAGUUUGAGGCUGCUCAAGAGAGGCUACAUAAAGAACAAGAGGUUCUCCAAACUAAAUUGGAGGCAGAAGCCAGGGAGGAAGAGAAGAAACUUCAAGAAAUGGAGGAGCAAUUCCAGAUGGAGAUUAGGACAAUAGAGGAAGAAACAAGGAAACAGAGUGAGGCUUUGGCAAAGACAAAGAAAAAGGAAGAAGAAUACCAACUUAAAAAGCAGGAGGCUGCUGCUACUAAAAUACAGAAGUUUUACAAAGGCUUCAGAAUAAGGAAAGAGUUUCAGCCAUUAUUGGAAGCCAAGAAGUUGGAAAGGAUAAAGAAGAGAAAUGAAGAACUCGACAGGAUUGAACGGGUUGAAAGAAAACUCAAAGAGGAAGCUGAGAAAAAGAAAAUUGAAGAUGAACAGCGAAGGAGGGAUGAACAGCGAAGGAGGGAAGAAAAGGAGAAGAGCCAGAGGCAAGAAGAAGAAAGAAGGAAGCAAGAGGCAGAAGAGAGGGAAAGGAAAUUGAAAAAAGAGCAAAGAUUAAGAGAAGAGAAGCAAAGAAAGAUAGAAGAGGAAAAAAGAAGAAUCGAGGAAGAGGAAAGGAGGAGAGAAGAAGCCAGGAGAAAAAAAGAGGAAGAACAAAAACAGAGAGAAGCUGAGGAGAAACAGCAGAAAAUUGAAGAGGAAAAGAAAAAGGAAGAAGAAGAGAAAAGUAAGAGAGAAGAAAUACAGAGGAAAAUUGAGGAAGAAAAACAAAGGAUAGUUGAUAGGAGAGAGGAGGAAAGAAAGAAAAAGGAGAUAGAAGAAAAGAAGAGAAAAGAGGAAGAAAGGAAGAAAAAGGAGAUUGAAGAAAAUAGGAGAAAAGAAGAGGAAAUAGAGAAAAAGGAAAUGGAAGAAAAUAAGAGAAAAGAAGAAGAAAAAAAGAGAAAGGAGAUGGAAGAAAAUAGGAGAAAAGAAGGAGAAAGAGAGAGAAAGGAAAUGGAAGAAAAAGAGAUAAAAGAGGAGGAAAGAAAGAGAAGGGAAGAAGAAGAAGCAAAACCCUCUGCAGGAUUGGCAUUAACGAAAGAACUUGAGGCGAGGAGACUGCACUGGGUGAAAGAACAUACUCCUUGGAGCACAGUAUCCACAUCAGAGGAGAGAACUCAUCCUGUAGCAAUGAAGUCAAGACCAAGAAGAGUAUUUUCUGCCGGCAAACAUCUUCCUGCAUUAACUGAAGAACAGCUUUUGAUGUCAUCUCCUCCCUGUACUCCUCUCUCUAGAGUGAAUUGCAUAGCGCUGAACAGCCUUCCAAGCUGUAGUAUGCAAGGGCUUAGUCAGUGUCCAGAAGUGAGGUCUUUGUCACUUCAAAACUGCGGAUUGUUGGCAGUUGAAGGUUUAGACAAGUGUAAGGAACUACGAGAACUUCAUUUACAGAGUAACAACAUUGAAGCAGUCAACCUAAAAGAUCUUUCUAAGCUGGAAGACGUAUCUCUUGCCAACAACAACCUAUCCUCUGUACAUGGAUUACAAGGGAUUACUGCCGUUAUGUCUUUGGACUUGAGAAAUAACAAGAUCACUAGAAUUGGUGAUCUAGCAUUCUGCAGGUGGCUUCAGGAACUUCUCAUGGAUAAUAAUCAACUCAUAAACACUAAGGGUUUGUCUAACCUCGCGAGACUUCAGCAUCUGAGUCUUGCCCACAAUCACUUGGCUCGAGUCAAUGAGAUAGACAACUGUAUACUGCUACAAACGUUGAAUCUACGAGCAAAUAAUUUACUAGAACCUCCUCGCGUUGUAAAUAGUGUUCUCUUGAGAGAACUUCGACUUGAUGACAACAGCAUCUCUUCCUUAGAUGCUUUGUCGACUGUAUGGCUGCCUUUGCUUCAGAUUCUCAGCGUCAGUCAAAACAGCAUAUCUCGGUUAGCGCCCCUUGAUAAUUUGAUCAUGAUGGAGUUUUUGGAUAUCAGCAACAACCUAAUAUCAGACACUGACAGUCUUCUCCACGGGCUUAAAGACUGCAACAGAAUAACAACAUUAAAGGUUGCAGGAAAUCCUGUUUAUGAAGAUCCUAAUUGCAGAACCUUGAUACCGGAAUACCUGCCAAACCUAAGGAAUUUGGAUGACGAGAUUCUGCACCAGGAAAGCGAAGUUUCAGCUGAGAGUCAGGCUGUGUUCCUUGAAAUGUGUCAGAACCAACUCCAGUCUCAGGAUAAUUUAAAGGCCAAGCAAGAAAAAGAGCUAAGCGACAAUACGGACGCAAGAAAUCCAGAAAGUGUUGUAAGAAGACUACGCUUAAAGAGUCAACACAACCAGGAAAGAUUUGAAUUGGCGGUAAAACACUUGCUUGAACACGAAAAUUUCAGUCCAGAAAACGCGUGUUGUAUAGCUAAGGAAGACAGAACUGUGGACAGUGAUAGAAGCCGAGAAGAGAAAGCGCAGCUGCGUCAGCAACAGCUACACCAUCCACAGCUGCAUCAGCUGGGAGCAAGGAACAAAAAGGAAGGAAAAACUAAACAGUCAUUAGAUGUGGUGGCACAGCAAGAUGCGGCUGCAACCAAGAUCCAGGCACUGUGGAGAGGAUGGUACAUCAGGCAUUUGAUUGAUGUCAACACCACCAAAUGGCUCGCAGCUGUCACCAUCCAGUCAGCGUGGCGGGGCCAUUUGGCUCGUUCGCAACUCAAGAAACAACCUAGGGAACCAUGGGAUCCAAAAAGGAAUUCUGCAGCCACCAUAAUUCAGGCGCAUUUCCGUGGUCAGCGGGUUCGUCGUCGGCUGAAUGAAGCUCUAAGGGCAGCUCAGUUUUACGAUGAUGAUGAAGAGGAAGAAUUUGAUUAUGAUGAAGAAGUGGAUCUGACGGCUUUCGAAUUUGACGAAAACGUUUUAGAGCAAGGAUGGACACCAAGUGAAACUCCACAACUUCCGUCCAGGGGACCAGUGUUGAAAUCACCAGGGAAACCAGUGAAGGUAUGGACACAUCUCGAAAAGAAUUCCAGAGCUGCCUUCCAACUUGAAUCCACGGCACCAAAACCUCGUCAGGCCUGGCGGUCAGCAGAUUCACCCAUUACCCAUGUCAGUCAACAGCCUGUUGGCAAGGCAACCAUAGAUCACGACCAGAUGUCAAUGACUUCAGGCGUGCAGAGUCAUUUGUCACAUCGCGCAGACGAGCUGAGUAGUGAGUGGGGUUUCCGAAGUUCUGAGACAGCUGAACUGAUGAUGAGAAGAGCAAAAAAGAUGAAAUAUAAUUCCGCGAGAAGGAAAAAGCUGCUAGAUCCCAAUAAACGUCUAGCCUUGUUUAAGAAGCUAGAGGAAAUCAAUAAAUUACAGGAGGUGAAACCACCGCCUACAAGGAGACAACCACCAAACAGAGUGGAAUAUUUUGCAGCCCGUGAAGCUAUGGCAAGUCAUCUGAAUUCCACCUCCCCGGCCACGGAGAAGCAAAAUAGAGAAAAAAUGACCUACAGUUGGGUCUACAGGCAGGCCGUUGUUCACGAAGACGAAGAGAAAAACAUCAUGGCCGACCGAAAGGAAUACUCUCCUGACAACAGAGCCAAGAAAACCUCGCCACAGAAAAACAAUCGCUCUCCCGUCAAUCUCCCCAACAUGGACCCCGUGGUUCUCUCUGGACGCACCCUCCCUCUGAUAUCGAGUCCACACUUUUCGCAAUCCCUGGAACAAUCGUCAUCUGAGGGGCUCUCUCCAAGGAGGAAUUCGUUUUCGUCAGAGGGUCACGUGUGUUUUCCCGCCAUCAAAACUCAUUCCGUGCCCAACCUCCUAGCCAGGUCCUCGGUCAUUGGAGAACAACCAUCGAAAACAGAGAAAAGCAACAGUGCUGGGGCGAGAAUUAACAGAGGGUCCAAAAACAAGAGGUGAUGGUAGUAAUCGUGCAGAGUGAUCCUGUGGUUUACAACUACACUGCGACUGAACCUGUUGUGGACAGUGUUCAGCUACUUUGUUGAAGAUCUAUGAACUAUUUCCGGGGGGGGUGGCACUGGGGCGUCUAAGCAUCACAACCAUCCGACAUGUCUAAAUUGUUAUUACUUUUAAUUAAAUCAAAAAUUUAAGAACCUAGAAAAAUAUCGUUUAUUUAUUAACGAGCAAGAGUCAGACUGUUAUAAAUCUAUCUCUUGCACUGUAAUCGGAAUUUAAGGGAGUUAUAGAAUAUGACACUGAUUCUGCUGUACAUUUAAUUUAUUUAAUAAGCCAUGUCGCCCCCAAUCGCGUUGCUCUCAAGCUGAGUCAUCUCGUCCUCGAGUGCAGACACGUCUCUUCCAUUACGGUCACAAUCAAGCAGAAACACUGAGAUAUCUCUAUUUAUUACUACUGGAUCUUGGGAAGUCAUAUCAUAAGCAAAAGCGAGAGUAACCAGUCAUUCUGAUAACGUGAAAAAAGCGUGCUUUAUUUAAACUUUUCGCUAACACAACCAGCGAGUAAGUAACGUCCAGUACACAUUAUUUUAAAGUGCAGACUGAAACACUUCAGAUCAGUAGCUUGAUAUUUAGCUCCUCUUUCUCUAAGAAAUUAAGGCUUUAGAGUUCUCAUGAUCGUGAUCCAUGAGUGUGGGAUUCUCGAAAUCGAAGUUAUUAUUCGCAGCGUUGUACGACUCAAACUCUACGAGUCCUACGCGAUCCCCUCCCCGUAUCACCGACUCUCCUUUGGCGACCCCAGAAUGGUUUUGGAUCUUCCUGCACAAAUCUGUUGGCAAACGACAGAAUUUUUCAGUUUGAACAAAACAUUCAUAGCACCAGUUAUAAGAUAACAAAUAAGUUGGCCGCAGUUCUCAUUUGACCCUUUACACCCUAACAUCAGUAUGUAUAUUCUCCAUACUGUUCAACAUACAUUUCCUGAAGUGCUGACAAGGAGAAUUUGUUUGAGAGUCGAGUUUCUUAAAUUAGUGAUCAUUUCUUUUACUCUCGUGAUCUUCAUGUCCAAUUCAGGGGUAAUAUUGUAAGGAAAAAUUAAAUGCUAGUCACUCCUUAAGGGGAUGAAUUUGAAAACGCAACCUACAAUAGCCUGCCUAGUAGGGGGUGGGGGAGCACCCCAACUACCGCGAUUUGAUAAAUUGAUCUAAGCUUAAUAACGUGACAACUGUUACCAAUAUACCGACUGUAAAAUUGUUUAUUUGUCUCGUAAAUCAAUAUACCGUUCCAACCGUUGGAGUGA